AAUAGCCUAACCGCAUCCAAUCAACCUACAUCAUGCUGGGACUAAGUCACUGCUUGUUGGCAAUUUACUUGGCUGGAGGGCUCACUCCAGCGGUAGAUUCCAGACCCAGUCCUUCACUAUCUCAUUCACACGGAACAUUCCACCCACCAGUCUCAGAUCAGGCCUUUGCCCCUGAUCAUACUUGGGCCAACUGUGACCCACUAAGGGGGCAAACGGCAUCAACAAACCCCUUUGACUAUGACGAUGAUCAGCCUAACAAUGACCAGAGUGCGCUAGGAGGAAUCCAGCCAUAUUCUCUUGCAAAUGCCCAGCAUGGGUUCGGGGCACCAUCCCACACAUUACAUACACAAAUUGCAAGCCAACGUCAUGAACCAGACCUUUCAUCGGGUUGGAACCCUUUCAUGGACCCACACCUCGUCGGCCCCGCCACUCAAGACGGACACACUCCUGCGAACGGAAGGCUGUCUGUAGAAGCUCCUCGUCUUACAUUUGAGCCCCCAUCGCAUGCUUCUCAGCAAUUCAAUCCUUUUAAUGAUCAUCCUGCAAUAGAUGAUGGACUACUUCAGUUAUUACCCAACGUGCACAACUCUAAUCCAUUUGUCGGAGAUGAUAGUGCACAACAAAUCAGUUUAUACAACCCAGUGGCUCCAGGCGCCUCGACAGGUACCCUCACCGGUAGUCAUCCACUCCAUUCGGGUCUCGGAGGAGCUUCUGAUACAAGCGCACACCUUUCGGGAAGUUUGGCUGGCUUGAAAGAAGAUGAUUUGACCUCUAUCAUGCCUGUUGAUGAGCAAGCAUUGAAAGACUCUGUGUUUGGAUCUAGUGCUUAUGGCUCAGCCUCCAAUGAUCAAGAUGAGGCUUUCCGUAACUUUUCCAAUGCACGAAACCAAGAAUUACACGGCUCCACUCAAGUUUCCAAUUCAAAUGGUUACCCGCCACUAAUUGAGUUCGAUAGUAUUGCAAGUGAACAAGAGAAAAAUAAAAAACCUUUGCCAGAUCUUGCGCAGUAUGCUGAUGGGAAAUUUAUUAUGAAGAUGCUUUCGAAGUUUGAUCAGGCUCUCAAAGAAUCAGUCCCUGGAAUCAAAACCAAUGCUCAGAAGGAUUAUGCUCAAACAUUCGAAAUUCUACUUGGGGCUACAUUAAUUCUGAACGCCAAACUAAGAAGUUCCAAAGGAGAAAUUAAAAUAGAGGAACUCAAGGCACAUUCGGAGCCCAUAGCUGAAUAUGUCAUUCAGAAAUUCUGUUCCGUUCUGGGAAGUGGGUUUGAAGACAACGGAGAUGUGAUAAAUAAGCUGUUGAUUGAGCUUUUUACUACUGAAAAGGACCUCAGGGAUUAUUGGACACCGGUGUUAGAACUUACUCGUGCUUACGCGACGAAAACUUUAAAAAGUUUUCAUGAUCGAAAUGAGUUUAUGGAUGCUUUGAAGAAUGUCAACAAGUCUCGCUUCAUUACUUAG